AUUUUUUUCUUUGCACCCCCCCCCUUUUUUUUUUUUUUUUUUUGUAAAAUAAUCCGGUGAAGCAGCCGAGAGCGACGAGCGGAGAGGAAGGAAGCAGGAGGCGGCGGGAGCUUCGGCAGGAGAAGGCCGGCCGGUCCUUCCGUCCCGUGGCCGUUGGGGGAGUGGGGAAGCCGGCCGAUUUGGGGGCCGCGUCGUCGUCGUCGUCGUCCUCUCUUCCCUCCCCUUCCCCCUUCCCGGCGAGAUGAACCCCAGCGCCCCCAGCUACCCCAUGGCCUCGCUCUACGUGGGCGACCUGCACCCCGAUGUGACCGAAGCCAUGCUCUACGAGAAGUUCAGCCCGGCCGGGCCCAUCCUCUCCAUCCGCGUCUGCAGGGACAUGAUCACCCGCCGCUCCCUGGGCUACGCCUAUGUCAACUUCCAGCAGCCGGCCGACGCGGAGCGAGCGUUGGACACCAUGAACUUUGACGUUAUUAAAGGCAAGCCAGUGCGCAUCAUGUGGUCUCAGCGUGAUCCAUCCUUACGUAAAAGUGGUGUAGGAAACAUCUUCAUAAAAAACUUGGACAAAUCCAUCGAUAAUAAAGCAUUGUAUGAUACGUUUUCUGCUUUUGGAAACAUUCUUUCUUGUAAGGUGGUGUGUGAUGAAAACGGGUCAAAGGGCUAUGGAUUCGUACACUUUGAGACACAGGAAGCUGCCGAAAGAGCUAUUGAAAAAAUGAAUGGAAUGCUUCUUAACGAUCGUAAAGUAUUUGUUGGACGAUUUAAAUCCCGUAAGGAGAGGGAAGCAGAGCUCGGUGCUAGGGCAAAGGAAUUCACCAAUGUUUACAUAAAGAAUUUUGGAGAAGAUAUGGAUGACGAAAGACUUAAGGAACUCUUUGGCAAGUUUGGGCCUGCUCUAAGUGUGAAAGUAAUGACUGAUGAAAGUGGAAAAUCCAAAGGCUUUGGCUUCGUUAGCUUCGAGAGACAUGAAGAUGCCCAGAAAGCUGUUGAUGAGAUGAAUGGCAAAGAACUGAAUGGAAAGCAAAUUUACGUGGGGAGAGCCCAAAAAAAAGUGGAACGGCAGACAGAACUCAAACGCAAAUUUGAACAGAUGAAGCAGGACCGAAUCACCAGAUACCAGGGUGUUAACCUUUAUGUGAAAAACCUCGAUGACGGCAUCGACGACGAACGCCUGCGGAAAGAAUUUUCACCGUUUGGUACAAUCACUAGCGCCAAGGUCAUGAUGGAGGGUGGCCGCAGCAAAGGUUUUGGGUUCGUGUGUUUCUCUUCCCCGGAAGAAGCCACCAAAGCAGUGACAGAAAUGAAUGGUAGAAUCGUGGCCACCAAGCCAUUGUACGUAGCUUUAGCCCAACGCAAAGAAGAGCGCCAGGCGCACCUCACCAACCAGUAUAUGCAGAGAAUGGCGAGCGUACGAGCCGUGCCCAACCCGGUCAUCAACCCCUACCAGCCAGCACCUCCUUCAGGUUACUUCAUGGCAGCUAUCCCUCAGACUCAGAACCGUGCCGCGUACUAUCCUGCUAGCCAAAUCGCUCAACUCAGACCAAGUCCUCGCUGGACUGCUCAGGGUGCCAGACCUCAUCCAUUCCAGAACAUGCCCAGCGCCAUCCGGCCCGCAGCUCCUCGGCCCCCCUUCGGCACCAUGAGACCUGCCUCUACGCAGGUCCCGCGAGUCAUGUCCACGCAGCGUGUCGCUAACACGUCGACCCAGACGAUGGGACCCCGGCCCGCGGCCGCCGCCGCCGCCGCCACCCCCGCCGUCCGCACCGUUCCUCAGUACAAGUACGCCGCGGGCGUGAGGAAUCCUCAGCAGCAUCUCAACGCACAGCCCCAGGUCACCAUGCAGCAGCCUGCUGUCCAUGUGCAAGGCCAGGAACCCUUGACCGCUUCCAUGUUGGCGUCCGCUCCGCCUCAAGAGCAGAAGCAGAUGCUGGGUGAGAGGCUGUUUCCUCUUAUCCAGGCCAUGCACCCUACUCUGGCGGGUAAAAUCACUGGUAUGUUGCUGGAGAUUGACAAUUCUGAGCUCCUCCAUAUGCUUGAGUCUCCAGAAUCUCUGCGUUCUAAGGUCGAUGAAGCGGUAGCUGUACUUCAAGCCCACCAAGCUAAAGAAGCUGCCCAGAAAGCAGUCAACAAUGCCACCGGUGUUCCAACUGUUUAGAAAAAGAAAAAAAAAGAUCAGGGACCAUGAAAUGGAACUCUGCUUCACCGAAGAAAAAUAUCUAAACAUCGAAAAACUUAAAUAUUGUGAAAAAACAUUGCAAAACAUAAAAUGAAUAAAAAAAGGAAAGGAAACUUUGAAGCUUAUGUACCGAACAAAUGCCAGGUCUGGCAAACUUAAUGCUAGUCCUAGAUUACUUAUUGAUUUAAAAAACAAAAAAAUAGUAAAAUGUAAAAACAAAUUAAUGUUUUAUAGACCCGGGGGAAAAAAGAAUUUUCAGCACAGUUCAAAAAAUUUAAAGCAUUCCUUUCUUUAAUUUUGUAAUUCUUUACUGUGGAAAAGCUCAGGCCAUCAAGCUGUUUUAGAAGACAGUUGACAGCCGAGCAAGGAAACGUAAUUUGGAUUAUAAAAUUCUUGCUUUAAUAAAAAUUCCUUAAACAGUG